AUUAAAAUCAAACAACCUUAUAAAUAUACAAGAAUAUUUUUAAAAUGGUUGAUCGAUGGAACUAUCUUUCUUCUAUUUAAAAGGUUACAUGUCAGUUAGAACGAAACAAGUGUUUUCUUGAUUAUAUAGGAUAAUCAAAUUACUUUUUGAAGCAAUUGAUGCUAUACCACCUCUCUUCGGCGUACUUGAAAAGUUAAUGCCCGCCACAAUGACAAGUACUUUAUUGAUUAUCGGAGAUGAUCAAAAUAAUUUUUUGAAGCGACGAACAAGACUAUAUUUCUUCUAUUUGAAAGGUUGAAUGCCAGUUCGGGCAAAAGUACUUUCUUGAUUACAAAAGAUAUAAUUUUAAGUGGGCUGCAUGUAGUACACACAAAAUGAAUUAAGAAUUUUUUUUUUUUCAAGAAAUUGAAGAUGGCAGGAGGGGGAAUUGGUACAAUUGGUGUAAAAAAAGAAAGAGCUGAAAAUUACAAAGGAAAAAUCACACUUUAUGUAAUUAUAGCUUGUAUUGUUGCUGCUGUUGGUGGUUCACUCUUUGGAUAUGACAUUGGAAUUUCAGGGGGAGUGACAUCGAUGGAUGAAUUUCUUCGUCGAUUCUUCUACUCAGUAUACCUAAAGAAACAACACGUCCACGAAGACAACUAUUGCAAGUACAAUAACCAAGUUCUUGCUGCAUUUACCUCAUCUUUGUACUUGGCUGGUUUAGUUGCAUCUCUGGUAGCAUCUCCUAUCACUAGAAACUAUGGUCGUCGUGCAAGUAUAAUAUGCGGUGGCAUUAGUUUCUUUGUUGGAGCGGUUCUUAAUGCCGCUGCUAUCAACCUUGGCAUGCUUCUUUUGGGACGAAUUAUGCUAGGCAUUGGAAUUGGCUUCGGCAACCAGGCAGUUCCGUUAUAUUUAUCAGAGAUGGCACCAGCACAUCUAAGAGGAUGUCUGAACAUGAUGUUUCAAUUAGCAACAACGCUCGGAAUCUUCACAGCGAACAUGAUAAACUAUGGAACAAGCAAACUUCAUCCGUGGGGAUGGAGACUUUCUUUAGGCCUAGCAGCAGGACCGGCUUUCGUGAUGACAGUAGGAGGCCUGCUUCUCCCUGAGACACCGAACAGCUUAAUCGAACAAGGAAACAAAGUUGAAGGAAGACGAGUUUUAGAGAAGAUAAGAGGAACCGAGAACGUAGAAGCAGAAUUUGAAGACAUGGUGGAUGCUAGUGAAUUGGCUCAGUCUAUUAAGCAUCCGUUUAGAAAUAUUCUUAAAAGGAGAAACAGGCCGCAGUUAAUUAUGGCGAUUUUGAUGCCGACUUUUCAGAUACUUACAGGCAUUAACAUCAUACUAUUUUAUGCCCCGGUGUUGUUUCAGAGUAUGGGGUUUAAAAGAACAGCCUCUCUUUAUUCCUCCGCUUUGACUGGUGCAGUUCUUGCUUCAUCUACUGUUGUAUCGAUGGCCACAGUCGAUAGAUGGGGUCGAAGAAUUCUGCUUAUUACCGGUGGAAUCCAAAUGAUCAUCUGCCAGGUUAUUGUUGCCAUAAUCUUGGGACUCAAAUUUGGUAGUGACAAGGAGCUAUCAAGAGGUUACUCAAUUAUAGUAGUUGUUUUCAUUUGCCUCUUUGUAGCUGCAUUUGGAUACUCAUGGGGUCCUCUUGGUUGGACAGUGCCAAGUGAAAUUUUCCCCUUAGAGACAAGAUCAGCAGGCCAAAGUAUCACAGUGACAGUGAAUUUGUUCUUCACAUUUGCAAUAGCACAAUCUUUCCUCUCACUUUUAUGUGUUAUGAGGUUCGGUAUCUUCCUGUUUUUCACUGGUUGGAUUGCUAUCAUGACCACCUUCGUCUACCUCUUCUUGCCUGAAACAAAGGGAGUUCCGAUCGAAGAAAUGAUGCGCCUUUGGGAAAAGCAUUGGUUCUGGAAGAAAGUUGUCUUGGAAGAUCAACAAGCUAACACCACCACCAAUGGAUUCAAUCAUGCUUAACUGCACAAUACAUUUUUAACAAUGUGAAAGGUGAAUAGAGAAAAUUCUAUCUUGUUCAUGUAGAAUUUUGGUUCUAUAUAUAUGUAAUGUAACUUUCUAUUUUUAGCAACACUUCAAUGCCAACGUCUCGUCUGAUAUGUUUAUGACCA